CAACAACAGACCAGCAGGCUGCCUCAUUUGAAAUGGAAAUGUCUCAAGCUGGUUUCAGUGCUCAUUAUUCUCAGGAUUGGAUCAUGCUUGGAGCAGUUGGAGCAUAUGACUGGAAUGGCACAGUGGUCAUGGUGAAGGACAGUGAUAUUUCAAUUCCAACUAAUGACACUUUUCGUGACAGGCGUUCAGAAAAAAAUGAACCCCUUGCAGCCUAUCUAGGCUAUACUGUGAAUUCUGCAUUGACACCUGAAGGUGUACUGUACAUAGCAGGACAGCCACGAUACAAUCACACUGGCCAAGUUAUCAUUUAUAAAAUGAUACUUGGAGAGGUACAAGUACUUCAGAGGAUAAAUGGAGAACAAAUUGGGUCAUACUUUGGGGGUGUUAUUACAACCAUCGACAUUGACAGGGACUCGUUUACGGACCUUCUUCUUGUUGGAGCUCCUAUGUAUAUGGGAACUGAGAAAGAAGAACAAGGGAAAGUAUAUGUUUAUAGUCUGAACAAGACAAAGUUUGAAUAUCAGAUGAGUCUUGAACCUAUAAAGCAAGCGUGCUGUUCGCCGCUCAAACAGGACACCUGCAAAGUUCUUAAGAACGAGCCCUGUGGUGCACGCUUUGGGACUGCCAUUGCUGCAGUGAAGGAUCUCAACCUUGAUGGAUACAAUGACAUUGUAAUAGGCUCUCCCUUAGAGGAUGAUCAUCGGGGAGCUGUUUAUAUUUAUCAUGGCCAUGGCAACAAAAUCAGUAAAAAAUAUUCUCAGCGUAUUGCAUCAGGUGGAGAUGGGGAAAAAGUGAAAUUUUUUGGCCAGUCUGUGCAUGGAGAAAUGGAUUUGAACGACGACGGGCUGAUUGAUGUCACCAUCGGAGGCCUUGGUGGGGCUGCCCUCUUCUGGUCUCGUGACGUGGCUGAAGUAAAUGUUUCCAUGCAGUUUGCACCCAAAAGCAUCAAUAUCCAGCAACAGAACUGCCAGAUAAAUAAAAGGAAAACUAUAUGCAUAAAUGCCACAAUUUGUUUUAAGACGAGACUGAAGUCAAAGGAAGAUACAUUUGAAUCCAAUUUGCAGUACUGGAUUACUCUUGACUCACAAAGACAAAUAUCUCGAAGCUUGUUUGCAGAAAGCCAUGAGAGGAAAAUGCAAAGAAAUAUAACUAUCAGAGGGUCAGAAUGUAUUAAGCAUAACUUCUACAUGUUGGAUAAGCCUGACUUUCAGGACUCUGUAAAGGUUUUGCUGGAGUUCAAUUUUUCAGAUCCAGAGAGUGGACCUGUUCUAGAUAGCAACCUGCCAAAUUCAGUAUCUGAAUAUAUUCCUUUCACAAAAGACUGUGGAGCCAAAAAUAAAUGCAUUUCAGACCUUGUUCUGAAUGUAAAAGCAAGCAUAGCUGGAGACAGCUCUUCUCCUUUCAUUGUGAAGUCACGGAAUGAUAAGUUCACCAUUCAGCUCUCUGUGAAGAACAAAAAAGACAGUGCCUACAAUACCAGAGUUUUGGUUCAGUAUUCUCCAAAUAUUAUAUUUGCUGGCAUUGAGGAUAUACAGAAAGAUAGCUGUGAGUCUAAUCACAACAUCACCUGUAAAGUGGGAUAUCCAUUUCUAAAACCUGCUGAAGAGAUUUCCUUCAAAAUAUCAUUCCAAUUCAAUGCAUCAUAUCUCCUGGAAAACGCUACUGUGCACGUAUAUGCAACAAGUGACAGUGAGGAACCACCUGAGACCUUGAGUGACAACAGAGGACACGUUACAAUUCCAGUAAAAUAUGAAGUAGGAUUAAUAUUUGUAAGUGUUUUCAAGGAACACCAUGUUAUAAUUGCAGCAAAUGAUACCAUCCCUACUGCUAUUAACACAACAGAGCAGAUUGGAGAUGAAGUUACUCUACAUUAUAGG